CCAAUCUCCACCCCGUAGUUUUGAAAUUUCUGUGGGUUUCCAAAGGUUUGUGCAUCUAAAAGCCGGUUAGAAGCAAAACCAAAACCCAAAACCAUGGGCCAGUUUUUCUGCCAUAGCACAAAGAAAAGAUCUUUUUGGCAAACUAAAACCGGCUGCUCGGCUCUCUAAGAAGAAGAAGAAGCUUUCAGGUGCCUGGUGAUUGUUACAACUCAAUGGUAGUCAGUUCUUUACUGGGAAUGUUAGGCCUUGAAAUGCCAUUACACCCCCAACAACAACAACAACAACCUCAAAACCCCCAAAGUGCCCAAAACCCACAUCAGUUACAUCAUCACCCACAAAUGGUUGCUUAUUCCCAUCACGAAACUGACCACUCACAACACCAACAAUCUGUUAAACAAGGCUAUCCUUUUGCUUCCAAAACUAAACAACUAUCCCCUCUCAGUGAUGAAGAUGAACCCGGUUUUACUCCCGAUGAUGGUGCUGCUGAUGCUAAGAGAAAAAUAUCUCCAUGGCAAAGAAUGAAAUGGACUGAUAGCAUGGUUAGGCUACUUAUAAUGGCGGUUUAUUAUAUUGGUGAUGAAGCUGGAUCAGAAGGGAAUGAUCCUGCUGGCAAGAAAAAGGCUGGUGGAUUAUUACAAAAGAAAGGGAAGUGGAAAUCGGUUUCGAGGGCUAUGAUGGAGAAAGGGUUUUAUGUCUCACCACAACAAUGUGAAGACAAGUUCAAUGAUUUGAAUAAGAGGUAUAAGAGGGUUAAUGAUAUACUUGGUAGAGGAACAGCUUGUAAGGUGGUGGAGAAUCAAAGCUUGCUUGAUACAAUGGAUUUGUCCCCGAAAAUGAAGGAAGAAGUUAGAAAAUUGUUGAAUUCUAAGCACUUGUUUUUCAGGGAAAUGUGUGCUUAUCACAAUAGCUGUGGCCAUGGUGCAACUGCUGGGGCUAGUGGUGCUAAUCAUUCGCCAGAGGUGGCCACUGAGACAUCCCAGAUUCAGCACCAGCAAGCUCAACAACAACGAUGCCUCCAUUCAUCAGAUACUGCUCAAAUUGCUGGCAAUUCGGGUAGAAUGGAUCCAGAGGCAUUGAAAUUGACUAAAGUAGGCAGUGACGAAGAGGAUGAUGAUGAUGAUGAUGACUCUGAUGAUGAUGAGGAUGAGGAUGAUGAAGAGGCCAUGGAUGGUCACUCAAGAGGCCACAAUGGACACGGUCAAGAAGAUGAUGAAGACAACGAUGAAAAGUCUACUCGUAAAAGGCCAAGAAAGGGAGCAUUGGCAAUGUCAUUAUCACCAUUGAUGCAACAAUUGAGCUGUGAAGCGGUGAAUGUGAUACAAGAUGGGUCAAAGAGUGUUUGGGAGAAGAAGCAUUGGAUGAAAAUGAGGCUAAUGCAAUUGGAAGAGCAACAAGUGAGCUACCAAUACCAAGCAUUCGAGCUUGAGAAGCAAAGGCUCAAGUGGGUCAAAUUCAGUGGCAAGAAAGAGAGGGAAAUGGAGAAAGCAAAGCUUGAGAAUGAACGCAGGCGGUUGGAAAAUGAGAGAAUGGUGCUGCUUGUUAGGCAGAAGGAGUUGGAGUUGGUUGAUCUUCAGCACCAACAUCAACCUCAGCAGCAUUCGUCAAGCAAGAGGGGAGACCCAUCUAGCAUCACUGGAUGAGAAAUGUAACAUACGAUAGGUCACGUUAGAUAGGGAUUUUAGAGUUUUUGAUUAGACAGAUACUUUUAUAUGAAAGGUUGUUCUGCUUUUGUUUAUGAAAUCUAGUUAUUUGAUAUAUGAAUUCUGUGCUUUCAAUCU